AUGCUCAGUGGUCCGCCGCUGGCUUGCGUGUAGAUGUUAUGGCCGUCGCGAUGCAGACAGGGGACGCUCCUCACUUCCCUGCGGGUCUGGCGGAGGUGAAUAAGAUGAUCAUCGAGCACGGGGACCUGUUUUCUGACUCCCAGUGUAAAGUCUGCAGCGCUGUCCUCAAUUCGCAGUCUCAGAAGUUGACUCAUUAUCAGAGCAAGAAACAUGCCAACAGAGUGCGACGUUAUCUUUCCAGCACAAACGGGGAGGAGCCAUUGAAUAAAAAGUUAAAGACGACAUCUGAAAGUGAGGACUGUAACAAUGGAGAUCGCUAUAAGGUGUGUCAUAUAUGUAACAUGACAUUCUCAGCUCCUGUGGUGGCCGAGUCUCACUACAACGGCAAAACUCACGCUAAGAACCUGAGGCUGAAGGCGGUCGGUCCCCACCCCCCAGCAGUCGCCUUCCAAACUGCACCAACGGCUCAGCCCAAGAAGAAACCUGCAGAUGAUGUGAUUGCUGUGGCGGCGACGGGCGGCGGCGGCAACAACAACAACAAUGACAACAACAACGACAACAACCCAGACCGCUUUUGCUCCAUCUGCCAGGCCUCCUUCAACAACCCACUCAUGGCCCAGCAGCACUACGUGGGCAAGAAGCAUCGAAAGCAGAUGACCAAGCUCAAACUGAUGGAGACGUACGGCCCCUCCACGGCACCAGGUUCCACGCUAAAGGGCUACCCAUGUGCCGUCUGCAAGAUUGAACUAAACUCGGUGGAGCAGUACCAGUCUCAUAUCAGUGGUUCAAAACAUAAGAACCAAAUAAAGAAGUCAGGCCAGAGCACUACAGAAACACUACCAGCAGAAGAAGAAUCGCACGGAGAGAACAUCCAGGUCACCAGCGGAGACGGAGACCAAUACACUGCCGAAGAUGACCAGUUUGCCCCCGUGGACGACCAGUAUGCCUCUGGAAAUGACCAGUAUGCCCCUGGAAAUGACCAGUACGUCGCUGGGGAUGACCAGUUUGCCCCUGAAAAUGACCAGGAUGUCGCUGGAGAUGACCAUUGCGCUUACGGAGAAGUAAACAAGUACACCCCUGAGGACAAGCUGUACUCAGAGGAAUGCCAGUUCUCCUAAGGCUGGACUGGGUAAUGGCGGCUGAGGUUUCAGUCAGGACUUGGAAUGACACACAGCAACCAGCCCCUUUAACACAUUAACCAACCAUCACCAUCCACCGACCUCCAGCUCCAGUCUAUUCCCAGUAGGUGGGUUCUGGGAGAGUAAUCUGAGCGUGGGUUUGAUUCCUGGAAUUAACCCGUGGUUUAAAGUAUUUUUGCGUUCUCGGCUAGAACAGCUGAAUAUUUCUAUUGUUAGUUCGUUUUCUCAUAUUGAAAAAGUUUUUGUUCUCGUGACGGUAAGAGGUUACACCCUUCACCAUGUGAUAAUGGGCUAAGAUGUGAUGCAGCUCCACCUAUGGUCACAAUGAAGAAUGUUUGUGAGGGUUCAUCUCAGCCUCUCUUUGAAAAUAAUAUACUGACUGAAACACACUCCGCAUAUGUACCCAAUGGCUGAGUGUCAUCGGAAAUAUGUCAAUCCUGAUAAUGUUUUUAUGUUCAUUACUUCAGUGCUGCGGUCAGACAGAUUUCAGGUGAGGUUUGAAACUCAGCCAUGGUGUACCACCAUGGCUAUCACAAGUAUCCCCCCCCCCCCCCGGAUGUUUUGUCCUUUUGUUGCUUUUACACAUGAAAUCAUGGUCAAUAUAAUUUGGCUUUUUUUGACAAGAAUUUGCAAAAAAAGCUUCUUUCAUGUCAAAGUGAAAACAGAUUUAUACAAACUGUCAAUUAAAACUGUAUAGUGUCAAAUAAGUUUUGGCAUUAAUACCCCCCCCCCCCCCACCUUUAAAGUGACUGACCUAAUUCAACAGAGGUCCAGCUGUGUCACAAUCAGUGAAAUGGAGAACACCUGAGUGCAGCUGCUGUGUGCCAGGUGUUUGCAGUAUAAAAGCACCUUUGUCUGGGAGGUCCAGGCUCAUCAGUGUUCCUGCAACAAUCACAACAUGAAGACAAAACGCUCCUGGACGUCCCACAGAGUUCAGUUAAAUCCAGCAUUAAGAAAUGGAAGGAGAAGGGCAUUUUGAAUCUACCUAGAGCUGGCCGUCCUCACAAACUGAGUGACCGGGCAAGAAGCAUGUGGGAGACUCCAAGGUCAAUUGGAAGAAGGUUCUUUGGUCUGAUGAGACCAAAAUGGACCUUUUUGGCCAUCAGAGUAGACUUCUCAACAGCAGGCCCUGGAGAGCUUGUAAGGUACGAGGGGAACAUGAAUGCAGAAAGAUAUCGCCAAAUCCUGGAGGAUAAUGUGACUCAGUCUGCAAGAGAACUACGACUUGGGAGAAGAUUUAUUUUCCAGCAAGACAAUGACCCCAAGCAUACAGCAGAGGCUACACAGAAACGGUUCAAAGACCACAAGGUGAAUGUUCUGGCGUGGCCAAGUCAAAGCCCAGAUCUCAACCCAAUCGAGAAUUUGUGGCUGGACUUGAAAAGAGCUGUUCACGCCCGAUCCCUGAGCAACCUGACUUGUGCAAGGAAGAAUGGAGAAAAAUCGUACUGGCCAGUUGUGCCAGCCUGAUUGAGACACAUCCACACAGACUCAGUGCUGUGAUUGCAGCCAAAGGUGCAUCUACCAAGUACUGACCUGAGGAGGGGUUAAUUGGUAUGCAAUCAUUUACUUUACCUUAUAUAUUUUUAAUUAAUUGACAUUAUUUUCUAAAAAUAGUUUCACUUGAUAUUAAAGUUAUUUUUUGACAAUUCUUGUCCAAAAAGCCAAAUUAUAUUGACCAUGAUUUCAUGUAUAAAAGCAACAAAAGGGUGAAACAGCCAACAGGGGUGAAUACUUUUAUAGGCAUUGUGUGUAUAUUUAUAUAUAAUAUACAUAUGUAUGACACUAGUAAGGCUAACUGCAUUUAUUGAACCUGACUCAAAGUUUGGUUUGAUGCAUUAGUCACAUACAUCGAUGUAAUUUAAUUGUUCAGUGUUUACUAACAUCUAAUCAGCACUAACAUAUUACAUUUCAAGCUGAGUACAGUCGGUUUACAUCUCCAGUGAAUGUAUUUGAACUAUCACCUCAGUUCUCCGCUUCCUUUAUGUUUGACUAUUUCUGGCACUGAAGAUGGACGUGAAGUCAAAAGCCAGAUCAGUCACUGUAGCAGGUGUGAUAAUGUCAUUGCUGCCUACACAUGGAAACGCUUUCUACAAGAAAAGUUUCUUUUUUUAUAGAUUUUUCUCUAUAUUUGAAGCUAAAAUAUCUGGAAGUUGUUUUUUUAUUGCAUUGUUUGGUGUAAAUCACUGAGUCACACAUGGUUGUUUAAUUAGGUAUCUAUAAUGUGACAAUCUAGACGAGGCUGAUUCUUCUCUGGAGGUCCAUAACUCCUCAGUUUAGCCAUUUUUAUUAUUUGUUGCUUCUUAUUGUUGUUUUUUAAUUCUGUGGGUAAAAAGUUGGCCCUUUUUCUGCUCACCAGAAGUAAAUGUGAGAAAUCUUUAUCAGACGUUCAUCUACUUAAAGAUACAGAUGUCAGUGGAACGGUUUCAGGCCGGAUCCCACUAAGCUGCUAGAACCUAAAUUUCAUCCUCUACACCUUCAAAAAGCGGCCAAUGAUUGUCAAAAGUGACUUACUAUUUUCCAGAUGUUAAUGUAAUUUUUUUUUAAACAUUAGUUUGAAUUUUCAGGCAUCUGGACCGUUUAAGUUACAAAAUGGAGAGUAAAGGGAUAUUUUUGAAGAAUUUUAACAGAAUCCUCCCAUUUCAAACGCAGUGGACAUAUAUUAUUUCUGGGAUCAUGCUAAUAUAAGCUGUUUUACACUGUUUGAGUUCUAUUCUUGGUUUUCUGAAGGGUGUAAGAUUUUUUUUUUUUUUUUUUAACACUCCCCCCUUGGAGCUUGUCCGCUAUGGGGCUUUAUACACUUUAGCAGAGACUAAUAGAUGCUUUCUGAGCUCUGUCAUUGCUCUCAAUAGGAGAGGUUUUCAAAGAGUGAUGUCAAAUUAGGAAGUGAUGUCAACAUAACAAGAGCUGCUUUCUGUUUCAAAUCGGUUUGUCCUCAUAAAAUGACGAUUGUUAUCGUAUUGAAUGUUUUCAGCGCUCAUGUGUAAGGAUGUAAUUUAUAUCAAGAGGGCUCAUACAUACUGUAUAGCACAUUAUGUACAAAAGUCAAAUGGUCAUUUUAUUGUCGUCCUCAUUCUUUGUGUUUUGUGAUAAGAUUCACUUUCGGUAUGUUACGUAUGCCGUGAAGAUGUUCAUCGAGUAAAGAAAUGUUUUGCCAGA